AUGGACUGCAAACUCCUCCAAGAAUUUGCUGUGGUUGCAAAGAUGAUAUGGUGGAGAAGGAACAGAUUUAUCUUUGAUGGCUCCUUUGCUCACCCGAAUGCUAUUGUCAAGGAUGCAAGAAGGACAAUGGAAAUGCUAAAUGAGGAAAGAUCAUGGCAAGUCAGUGUGCAGCCUUGCAACUCAGUCGAGACUUGGCAAGCCCCUCCAACAAACUGGAUCAAAGUGAACUGGGACAGUGCAGUAGACAAGAUAGAAGGUUUUAUUGGAGUGGGAGUGGUUGCUAGGGACAAUGCAGGACAUACCAUUGCAUCAAAGAGAACCAAGAAGCACCUCUUCCCUGAUCCAGCACUUGCAGAAGCCUAUGGAGCCCUCAUUGCAGUCCAGUUUGGCGUGGAACUUGGGCUAUCUCAAGUGAUCAUUGAAGGGGACUCCCUACAAGUCAUUAAUUCUCUAAAAAGGGAGGAAGAGGGAUGCAACAGUGCUAGUAUGUUUAUUGAGGAGGCUAAACAUCUUCUUAAUUCCUUUGCCAAGUGGGAGGUUUCUCAUGUUAGGAGAAAUGGCAAUUAUAUUGUCCACUUGUUAGCAAAAAAUGCUCUUUCCAUCUAUGAUCAUGUUGUAACUUUGGAAGUCCUCCCUACUUGUAUUCAGGUGGUUUAA